GCAUUUUCGAAUAAUAUGUAUGUUAACUUAUGCAAAUCAAAACGAAUAUGCAAGAUUCUUAAAGUAGGUAAACUAAUUUAGUCCAAUAGAUUCAAACGUGUUAAUCGAGUUUCAGUUAGCUUAAAAUGGCGACGAACGGCUUCACAUGGAUCGACUAUGCAAUAUUCACGAUCGUUACCGCGAUAAGUUGCAUUGUAGGUUUAUAUUUCGGAUUAUUUUCAAGACAGAAGACAAUCGAGGACUACCUCUUCGGUGGGAAAAACAUGAAAUGGUUUGCGGUAAGUAUAAGUUUAACCGCAAGUGCACUGUCCAGCCAUUCAAUCGUAGGGUUAGCGACCGAGGUGUAUCUCCAUGGAAGUCAAGUUAUACUAAUGACUUUUUCGAUAGCACUCGCGAGUUUAGCUAACUAUUUCUUGUACGUGCCUGUCUUUAGCAACUUGAAGAUGACCAGCAUCUUCGAGUACUUGGAAAUGAGGUUUAAUGGUUUUUUAAGGAAGUUGAUCAUGUUGAUCGCAGUAGGGACGUAUAUGUGCGUUCUUCCUUUGUGUAUGUACACUCCUUCGCUUACAUUUAGCCAAGCAACGGGCGUUAACCUAUAUAUAAUUGCCUCGGUCAUGACAUGUGUAUGUAUGCUCUAUACCAGCCUGGGAGGAAUUAAAGGAGUCACAUGGAGCGAUGUGGUGCAGUUAUCCAUUACCAUUACUCUUGUAAUUGCGCUUAUAGUAAUGGGAAUUGUAUCAACCGGAAGCGUUAGCGAAGUUAUCCAUCGUGCAAGCGAUGGUGACAGGCUAAAAAUUUUUGAUUUCAACCCUGACCCGACCGUUAGAGUGAGCUUUUGGACGAUUUUGCUGGGAUCCACGGCUACCUCAUGCGUAACUCUUUGCACGUCGCCUCACGAGGUUCAGAGAUAUUCUACAAUACCUAGGCGAUUAAUACCUCGCUUAAUCGCUUCAUAUUCGACGAUUUAUACUUUAGCGAAAGUCUUGUGCAUGACACUAGGGUUGGUUAUGUACGCAAAAUAUUUUGAUUGCGAUCCGAAGUCAAUUGGAGCGAUUAAAAAGGCAGACCAAGUCCUUCCGUACUUCAUAACCGAACUAACUACGUCCAUUCCGGGAUUUAAUGGUUUAUUUUUAGCGGCGUUCUUUGGAUCAUCUUUAAGCAUAUAUUCGACGUUACUAAAUACGCUGUCCGGAAUAGUUUACAACGAUAUCGCUCCAUGGAUUAUUAGCGAAAAGCUUUUAAGAAAAGCCCCUAGCUUUAUUAUGAAGCUGCUAGUUGUAAUUUUUGGGCUGUUGUCAAUAGCUUUUAUAUAUUUACUGGAAAAUGGUGGCACGGUCUUUGAGCUAAGCUACUACGUUAGGGGUACUACCGGUGGAACCAUGUUCGGGGUAUUUACUUUGGGCGUACUGCUUCCUUUUGCCAAUUCUAAGGGCGCGUUUCUUGGCGCAAUCGCAUCGGUUUUAUUGAUGGGGGUGAUAGUGGUAAAUAACAGCAUCUACGUCCGAAACGGAUUCAUUCACCAUAGCCCAAAAUCGUUGCAUACAUACGGAUGUAACACCACCACCUUCAGCAAUUUCACUUUGAAUGUUACGGCAACACCUCAACCGCCUUCACCAGAAACUUCGUUUUGGUUGUUUCGAGUUUCGUUUCAGUACUUCGAGCUAAUAGGAGCAAUGACCACGAUAGUAAUCGGAGCUGUGGUCAGUUGGGUAACUAAAACGGAAGAUAACCAAGUGAUUAAUCCAAAACUUCUCACGCCCAUUGUACGCAAAUACUGUAGACCAGUACAGGAGGCACAAGACCAAGAAAUUGGACCUCUUAAAGAAACGGUUAAAAACGUGGUAUCUGGGGAUGAUUACUGAGUAUGGGCACACAAGAAUUUAAUCAGUUACGUUGCAAACUGCCAUGUUCUCACUUCACUUCUUCAGUUAAACAAAUUAAUUAAUUUAUAAAAUAAUUCGUAUACUAAUACGAACGAACAAUUUUCGCUUCCGGUCUAAUACGCCACAAUGGCACAGAUACUUUAUACAUACCUGUCUCGUGAUUACUAUAAGAAACAAAUAACGAAAUAGAAUACAGAAUAAAUAGUAUACCGUAGUUUA